CAGGCUAAAAGCAUGGCCAGUUUGGAUGUCAAGGAGAAUGUUCUCAUGGCUAUUGUCAAUGGGGUCGAGCAAAGUGAAGCCCCAGAUGCAAUUCUUGGUACAGCCUAUGUCAACGGGACCAAGGAAGCCGGUGUGGACUAUAAGCGUUGGCAUUGUCGGUGGCCUAGGCGCAAUGUCUACAAGAGAGAGGGGGAUACCAAGGACGAGAACAGUUGGGAAUGUAGAGAUGCUUAG